GUAGUUCCCGCGUUUAGUGACGUCACGACCGGCGGAGGUCAGCAGCGACCGGUAGCGACACAAGAUGGCGACCACCGGGAGCAAGACUGUAACAGUUCCACGCAAUUUUCGCCUUUUGGAAGAGCUAGAAGACGGCCAGAAGGGAGCAAGUGAUGGGACAGUAAGUUGGGGACUUGAAGACGAUGAAGAUAUGACACUGACAAGGUGGACAGGAAUGAUUAUUGGACCUCCAAGGACAAUUUAUGAAAACCGAAUAUACAGCCUUAAAAUAGACUGUGGUCCUAGAUAUCCAGAGGUAGCUCCACAUGUUAGAUUUGUAACAAAAAUAAAUAUGAAUGGAGUAAAUAAUUCCAAUGGAACGGUGGAUCCAAAAAGCAUAUCAGUCCUAGCUAAGUGGCAGAAUUCAUAUAGUAUCAAAGCUGUCCUGACGGAACUUCGGCGUCAAAUGAUGUGUAAAGAAAAUGGAAAACUUGCUCAGCCCCCAGAAGGACAAAGUUACAGCAAUUAAUCUGGAAUUUAACCUCCCUCUAUUCAAGCUUACUUCAUUCUCCACUGUAGUAUUUUUUUUCUAGGCGCAUCUUGUAGAUCUCAAAGUACUGGAAAAAAAAAUUCCCAUUAAAAAGCAAUUAAUCUUAAUACUGUAAAUGUAAGCCAAUACUAAUUGUUUUUGUUGGACAAAAGUUGUAUGAUAACACAAAUAAUCUUGCGCGUAACCACUGUCUACACAGUAGAAUCUUUGUUGUCAGGAAUUAUCUAUUGAAAUUAGUACUGUUGAGACCAGUGUGGCACAUUUAGCUAAAGCUGUGAAUAUGCACAUCACACAGACACUUGCUGCAGGUUUGGCCUUUAAAUUAUUGUCCCUUCGCAAUAGUAUUAAAGCUCAGGGCUAUUUAUUAGAGUCUAAACACAAAGGAUGGAAUGAUCAGUGCAGUAUUGUUUUCUGGUCUUCAUCUGCCAAUGGGAUUUAUCUUGCUUUCAGAGCCAACUUUUCCUUUGUGCUGUCUCUAGUAAAUGCUGAACACGGCUGAUGUAUUUUGGACCACUAACCUUAGUUUGCUGUAAUGUGGAUGCAAGCUACGUGUAUAACUAUUUGGUGUGUCCAGGACUUUUUUGACAUUCAUGUUUGUACAAAGCCACAUUUUAAAGCAGCGGGUAUCACCACAACUCUUAAACAACCAUUGUUUCCAUUAAAAGCCUAUUUUGUUGAAAAAUGUUUAAGAUAUUAGAUGUAUGGAUAUAACAGUCUCGGAAAUUAAAGAAUUUAACAUAA